AUGGGUUUGGCGAAUAGUAGAGCCUUGGUCUUGAUUGCCAUGGUUGCAUGCCUUACCUCUGUUGCUUAUGGAAUUGCUGGCCAAGCAACUUUUUAUACCCCACCCUACGUUCCUUCUUCGUGUAAUGGAUUCAAAAGCCAAGGUGUUAUGAUAGUAGCAGCAAAUAGAGGUUUGUUUGCUAACAAAGGUGCAUGUGGGAGGAGGUACCGUGUGCGUUGCACUGGGGGAACCAACGCAGGUGUUCCACGACCAUGCAAGGGAAAAACCAUUGAUGUUACGGUCGUUGAUCUUUGUCCUGGAUGCGCAGGAGACCAGCUCGAUCUUUCUCAAGAGGCAUUUGCGAUGAUUGCUAAUCCUGAUGCUGGGAGAAUUAAAAUUGACUAUCAUGAGUAA